GAAUGUUAAUAUUUCUGUGCAGUUGAUGUCAGAUUCAGUUCCGCAAACACGAGAUCAUGUACAAGAUAGUGACUGCCAGUUAGAGACGAUCUUGCACCCCUGCGACUUGCACUUGGGGUCAUGAUAUCAUCUAAAGUUCCAUUCAGAAUUGAAGAUGGCAUGUUAUAAACGUUCUGCAGCUUCUGAGGAAACAGAACUAGUUUAGCCGAUGCAUUGAGGAUCGCGUCAUCUAUGGGGUUCGAUUCGAUGGUAUCUCAGCGUUUGAUAUAUCAAAACGGGUCGAUUACCCAUAUUUUUCGUUCGGAGUUGGUUUGCGAACUUUGACUCCAUCUGGCUAGUCAAGCCCACCGUACGACGUAUCACCAUGCACUCAUUCGUCACCUUCGAACAAUCACACUUCCCCCCGCCGCCCCCCACGUCAUCAGCACGGGCCCGCUCCUUUCCGACCGCACCGGCGCGGCGGCGCGCGCCGGCUGUGACGUCAUCAGCCAUCAGCUGGCGGCGCGGCCGGGCUGGCGGCCCGGGAUGCCGGCCGCCGAGUGCCGAGCCGCGGCGGCCGCCAGUGCCAAACUGCACCGGCGGGUGAGAGCGUGUGUCUACGACGCAGGCGACGGUUCGAUUCGGUGACUGUCGGUCGGGGGUGACUGGUGUGUAAGCGGUUGGUGAUCGGUGACGCGAGUUGCGCGCCGGUGACUGGUGAUCAGUGAAUCGCGGCACUCGUGCGGCGCCCUCUCGUGCAGCCCCGGCGCGGGGCAUGCUGUGCAUCCCGGUGGCGCUGCGACCAUGCUCUCGUUCAUGAUUCCUACCGAGGAGAAGGGCUUCAACCUGAACACACCCCAGAAUGAGGUAUUUCAGGUGUCCACGAGCCACAGUGAGGUCAAACCCGAGCUGAACGGGUCGCCCAAUAACAACAGCCACCCAGUGCUGACGGCUGGCAUCAGCUCGGCGCUGGACAACGCUGCCGGAAUGGCGCCGCCUCCGCUGCCCAGCCAGCCGCCGCCGCCGCUGCCCGACGAGAGGCCGCUGCUGCCGCACGAGGUCUCCCUCAUGGAGGACUCCUUCAGCGACGACACGGUCACCGAGUCGACACUUCUUCUGCGUCCGUCCGACGGGCCGCCGACGCCCCCGAGUACCGACACCACGCGCAGCUCACCGGCCGCCGAGGACAAGCAGCCGCUUCUGCCGUCCGCCACUCCGACCACCACCGUCACCGGCAAAACCGGCAAACUCAAAAGGGUGUCGUUCGGGAGCAGCAAGGGCUCCAUGGUGGAGACGGUGGUGUACGAUUACGAGCCGGCCCAGCCACUGCGAGAGGAGGACGGCACAGAGUCGCCGACCCCGCGCGCCGGGUUCACAACGUCCACACCACUCUCCACGCCGGCCAGACCGGAGCCGUCUGCGGCGGAGAGGGCCGCCUCCCGAGUGCGCGUCACCUACUUCGAGAGCAAGAAGCCGCUGACGGUGCCGGCAGUGGAGGCGGGUGACACUUCCACACCCGAGGAGUCGGACGUGUCGGCGCCGGACGCGCUGCCGCAGGCCUCACCGGACGUCCCGGCGCACACCCAGGUCACCGCCUCCACCGGCGAGAUGCCGACCACCUACAUCGUCCAGACCAUGGACGCCGGGUGGGAGAACCCGUUCCGGCCUGGCGGCGAGCUCAGUAAGGAAGCCGACCAGAUCGUGCGGGCCAUCCAGUCGGGUCGACCUCUCGACUCCAGCCUGGACGAGGCCGACGCCGCUGUCACCGAGCCGACCGACGCGGCGCCGGCGCCCGUCAACGGCGGCCCGGCCGUCGAGCCGGUCGUGGCCGCCACCGUACAGACGGCCGUGGCAGCGGCACCACCGGCCGCCCGCGACGGCCCCAGCCCGGCCCAGACGACGACGACUGCUGCCAACUCGAGCACACCGGCCGGUCAUCGGAACGGCGGCUCGGCGCCGGCGGCACAGACCGCGGUGGCCGCGCAGUCGCCGGGCACAGUCGAGGUGCAGCACACCCUGGUCAAGCCCGAAGAUGCGUCUCAGGUGGAGCAGGUCAACUUGAAAAAGAAGCCGCGCGGCAAGUGCUGUGUUGUGCAAUAGUGGAGGAGGGUGGCAAGGACGGCAUGUGCGAGCCGAUGAAUUGUGAUGUAUAACGGCCGUCCGGCACUGGACGAUACUGCGGACCGUGGUGGAUGGUGCUGACAUCUGCCGGUGGAGCGGUGGCGCCCUCUGUGUGGUUGCCUCGGGCAACUUUCGCAGACGGACGCGAAGUCGCGACGCCGGUUAGCUGGCCGCUUAGCGGACCGGCGGACGGCACCAGGCCGCUGUGACGCUGCGGAGGUGACGUGACGUGACGUUACACGUCGUGACGUGACGCGGUGUCGGCGGCAGUCCACUCUGCCUGUAUGUGACGGGAAUCGGCCGUCUUCGUACGCGCACGGACCGACCCAGUGCGGCGGCGGCCCCACGGCGGCUGAUAACCAGCUAUUUUGUGCAACAUUAAUGUUUGAUGUUGGCCGGUCCGAUCGGCCAUGUAUAGAGUGUGGACGGUGCUGUGGACCGAGCGCGAACUGUGACUGAGUGUGGCGGGAACCGGCCGACGUCGGCUACCCGGUCCCAUAGGCUUUGCAUGUAGACCAUAGGCGGGAGGGAGGCUUGGUCUAGCGGCCGUCACCAGGGGUCGCGCGUUGUUAUUAUGUUGCUUCUUUUCCUGGUUUCUCGGUGGUGUCUGGCGGAGCUGCGGCGCGCUGCUGGCCCUGCUGAGAGGUCUGAGCGCUGCGCGGCGACCGCCUCUCCAGAUCAUGACCCCACACGACAAAUGUGUACAUUUUAAUAGACGGGAGACGUUCAUACUGUAGAAUUUCAUCUUUCCUUCAUUGUUCGUGGCUUAUACAAAUAUAUGAAGUCAUUAUUUA